UCAAAACACUUCGAUAAAUUCCUAUAUCUAGCGAAUGCAGCAGCGCACAAGCAAGACGGUUCGUUCGAUGGAUUUUGUGUAAAUUCUACUUUCGCGACGACAGGAGGUGGUGCUUUCCAGUGCGUGUCAGCUUCCUGAAAACGAUAGCGGUGUGCAGUAAAAGAAGCAAAUUUUGAACGAUAUGAAGCAAGUACGAUCGAAUUCGCAGCUUUUUCUCUAACCCCCUUUCGGUUCGGUUGUGUGCCGAAAUUUUGCUAACCUUUUCGAAAGCGGAACGCAUCGGAAUUAAGUUGAAACCUGCGGAAAAAGUGUGUGCGUACGAGCUUACGGUUAUACGGUGUGUGGGUUUCAUAAUUUAGUUGAUGUAGUUUAAUGUUGCAAUCAGAUUGGGUGUGAUUGUUCGAGAAAAAGGAUAACAUAGCAGGCCACCGAAAAUGUCCGACAAAAUAAGAGUUGCGGUGCGGGUUCGACCGUUCAAUCGUCGAGAGCUCGAGCUUGCUACCGAGAAUGUGAUAGAAAUGAAUGGUUCACAAACGAUUCUGAAAUAUCCUGCCACACUAGACAAAAUGGAGAGAAAACCGCCAAAAAUGUUCGCUUUCGACCACUGUUUCUACUCGACCGACACAGAAGCCCCGCACUUUGCCUCGCAGCGGUUGGUUUUCGACCAAGUCGGCCGGGACAUUCUGGACAAUGCAUUCCAGGGCUAUAAUGCGUGCAUUUUUGCCUACGGCCAGACCGGGUCCGGCAAGUCAUACACGAUGAUGGGCAAUCAGGAGAACAAGGGCAUCAUUCCAAGGCUGUGCGACGAACUGUUUGCCUCGAUUGCCGCCAAGCAGACCGACGAAUUGAACUACAAAGUCGAGGUGUCCUAUAUGGAGAUCUACAACGAGAAGGUGCACGACCUGCUGGACCCGAAAACGAGCAAACAGUCGCUCAAGGUGCGAGAACAUAAUGUGCUCGGCCCGUACGUGGACGGCUUGUCCCAGCUGGCGGUUACUUCGUUCCUGGACAUCGACAACUUGAUGGCCGAGGGUAACAAAUCACGAACGGUAGCAGCGACUAAUAUGAACUCCGAAUCGUCCCGUUCGCACGCAGUUUUCACGGUGGUCCUCACGCAGACUCUCAUCGAUACACUGUCCGGGGUGACGGGUGAGAAGGUGUCCCGUGUAUCGCUGGUAGAUCUGGCCGGUAGUGAGCGAGCAGUGAAAACCGGUGCCGUCGGAGAACGUCUCAAGGAGGGCUCGAACAUUAACAAAAGUUUGACCACCCUGGGCCUGGUUAUUUCGAAGCUAGCCGAUCAGACCAGUGGGAGCAAAAACAGAGAUAAAUUUGUUCCGUAUCGAGAUUCGGUACUAACGUGGCUGUUAAAGGAUAAUCUUGGUGGUAAUUCUAAGACGGUGAUGUUGGCUACCCUUUCCCCGGCGGCGGAUAAUUACGAGGAAACUUUGUCCACUCUCAGGUACGCUGAUAGAGCUAAGCGAAUCGUCAAUCAUGCCGUGGUUAAUGAAGAUCCUAACGCACGAAUUAUUCGCGAGUUGAGGAAAGAGGUGGAGACUCUUCGGGAGAUGUUGAAGCAUGCUACGGGUGGAAGUAUUGGCGACAUGAAACGAGUUGAUAUUCAUGACAAGUUGGCCGAAAGUGAGAACCUUAUGAAACAAAUUUCGCAAACAUGGGAAGAAAAGCUCGAGAAGACCGAACAGAUUCAAAGCGAGCGCCAACAGGCAUUGGAAAAAAUGGGAAUUAGUGUGCAGGACAGUGGCAUCAAGGUGGAAAAGAACAAGUAUUAUUUGGUAAACCUGAACGCUGACCCAUCGAUGAAUGAGCUGCUUGUGUACUAUUUGAAGGACGUUACCUUAAUCGGUGGUGUAUGUAACGACACCAGCAAACAGCCCGACAUACAACUGCUGGGGCUGGGCAUUCAACCGGAACACUGCAUUAUUUCGAUUGAAGACGGUGAGCUGUUUAUGAAACCAAUUGAAGGUGCCCGUUGCUGUGUGAAUGGUUCGGUGGUCUCCGAAAAAACUCUCCUGAACCAUGGCGAUCGCAUCGUAUGGGGAAACCAUCAUUUCUUCCGAGUGAACUGUCCAAAGUCCAGCAUUAGCAACAACAACAUGUCCUCAGAACCUCAAACACCUGCUCAACACAUGGACUACUACUACGCUCAAGAGGAACUGAUGCAGAACGAGUUCAGCAAUAAUCCCAUCCAAGCGGCUAUCUCGCGCCUAGAAAAACAGCACGAGGAAGACAAGCAGGUUGCUCUGGAAAAACAACGGAUCGAGUAUGAGAAGCAAUUUCAGCAACUGCGAAACAUAUUGUCCCCGACCACUCCGUACGCUCCGUAUGCCCCAUAUGAUCCAUUCCGUCUGAGCAAACUCCCUCCAAAUACGCCAACCGCUCAACUCCGUGUAGAAAAGUGGGCACAGGAGCGGGACGAAAUGUUCAAACGAUCUCUGGGACAGUUGAAAGCCGACAUUGUUCGAGCGAAUGCAUUUGUUCAGGAAGCGAACGUUCUUGCCGAAGAAAUGAGCAAGCAAACAAAAUUCAGUGUCACUCUACAGAUUCCUCCAGCUAAUUUGAGCCCAAAUCGCAAACCGGGUGCUUUCGUCAGCGAGCCAGCAAUUCUGGUCCGCCGGAUGAACUCUGGCAGCCAAAUUUGGAGCAUGGAACAGCUGGAAAACAAACUCAUCGAUAUGCGUGAUAUGUAUCAGGAAUAUCAGGCCAACGAUUACACCGUCUUGGAUGAAAACAAGAACAAAUCGGAUCCCUUCUAUGAAUCCCAGGAAAAUCACAACCUAAUCGGAGUAGCCAACAUCUUUCUGGAGGUGCUACUCCACGACGUAACACUGGAUUAUCAUACUCCGAUUAUCAGCCAGCAGGGAGAAGUAGCUGGACGAUUGCAGUUGGAAAUAAGUCGAGUCGCCGGUCAGUUCCCUCAGGAUCGUAUCAACGAGUCUGCGUCGGAAAGUUCCCACAGCAGCCACGAAGAUGACGAUAUGUGUGACACACCCUCCAAUCAGGUAACCUGCCGAAUCAGUAUCAAGCAGGCCUCGGGGCUGCCGCUAUACUUGUCCAACUUUGUGUUCUGCCAAUAUUCGUUCUGGAAUCAUGAUGUGGCAGUCGUUCCAGCGACCAAUCAAGAAGUAGCUGCACACAAUCAGAACAGUACAUUCAAAUUCGACCACGAAGCUGAUUAUAUAGUAGCGGUGAACGAAGAAUUUCUGGAGCACUGCACUGAUGGAGCGUUGUCAAUUGAGGUUUGGGGUCAUCGAUCGGUUGGUUUCUCGCGAGCCAAAGAUUGGGAAGUAGAACAGCAGCAGGCCAAAGCUCGUUCCCUGGCCGACCGGUGGGCGGAGCUCUCCCGGAAAAUUGAGCUCUGGGUAGAAAUUCACGAACUGAAUGAUAAUGGCGAUUGGGCUCCGGUCGAUGUGCAAUGUUCGAAAGAUAUGUUAACCGGCGGUGUCUAUCAGCUUCGUCAGGGAUUUCAACGGCGCAUUCUAGUUCGUGUUAAACCAGUUCAGAAUUCCGGAACAUUACCCAUCAUAUGUCAGUCGAUCAUUAACGUUUCGGUAGGAUGCGUGACGGUUCGCUCUAAACUCCAAAAGCCAAUGGAUUCAUACCAGGAGGAAGAUCUAACUGUUCUGCGGGAUAAAUGGAGUGAAGCUUUGGGUCGUCGUCGGCAGUAUUUGGAUCAGCAGAUACAAAAAUUGAUCAACAAGGACGACAAAACCGAGCAAGAAAAGGAACGCGAGCAAAGUCUCGUUAACCAAUGGGUCUCCCUUACAGAGGAACGUAACGCCGUGCUUGUGCCAGCUCCUGGUUCGGGAAUACCUGGUGCUCCCGCUUCAUGGGAUCCACCUCUAGGAAUGGAGCCGCAUGUACCUGUCCUAUUUUUGGAUCUUAACGCCGAUGAUUUAUCGACGCAGAGUGUCAACGAUGAAGUCCCGAUUGCUGGAAUAAAUUCCAUACUGCCGAAGGAACAUGGAAACAAGUUCUAUAGUUUGCAAAUGAUACAACACUUGGAGAAAGACAUAUGCGCAGUUUGCAGCUGGGACUCGUCGAUACAUGAUAGUCCCUCACUGAACCGAAUGACAGAAGCAAACGAACGAGUUUACUUGAUUUUGAAGACAACUGUACGGCUGUCCCAUCCAGCACCGAUGGAUCUGGUACUACGGAAACGGCUUGCAUUGAACAUCUACAAACGGCAGAGCUUCACCGAUCGACUAAAGAAACUGCGUAUCGUUCGUGCGGAUUGCAGUUCUCUUCAAUCUGGUGUUACGUAUGAGGUUGUGUCUAACAUUCCCAAGGCAUCAGAAGAGUUGGAAGAUCGUGAGUCGUUGGCGCAAAUUGCUGCCACCGGUGAGGAUGUUUCCGCCAGUGAUGGAGAGACAUACAUUGAAAAAUAUACCAAAGGAGUGUCAGCAGUGGAGAGCAUUCUUACGCUGGACCGCUUGCGACAAAGUGUGGCUGUUAAAGAACUGGAACAGGUGCGGGGCCCGACGCUGUCGAUGCGUAAAACCGCCAGUGUGCCGAACUUCUCGCAGGUCGUAAAAGAUACCCGGGAGCACUGCGGCCUCACUACUUCGAUGACCAUGAGAUUCUUUGAUGCUUCGCUUGAGUCUCUGAUGGGCAUUGGGCGCUCUGAGUCAUACGCUGAUUUAAAAGUAGGAUUGAAUUCAGCUCAAAGCACUCGUGAAACAACUGUGAACCGACAGAAGCUGAAGAGCCCUAGUACCAGUGGAGAGGACACGAACAGCUCUUACGGGCUAGCUCGUCCCACAUUCCUUAAUCUUAACUUAAAUUUGAACUCCCUGAGAUUACAGCCAACCAAGCCCUCCCCAGCGGCUAGUAAACUAGCGCAACGGAUGACCACACUCCACGAGGAACCGUUGAUUAAACAAAUCUGCUACGAGGAAGAAGGUGAAGACCGUUUCAGCGAACCAGAGUACUCCGAUUACGAUUAUUACGAGCCACCGAAGAAGUCCAACCUGUCCAAGAUGAAGGCUUCCCAUACGGUGGAAUCGUUCAUCGAUAUCGACAAGCGACCACGCGCGGAGUUAAGUGGAAAAUUUGUAUCCCAAGCGGCCGACCGGACGGGUAAAACUGGAUCGGCUCCGACCAGUGGCAGCGGAAAGAGCCAAAACGUAGCCGCCGGAACGCCGAGCAUGAGCUCGUCCACCUCCAGUGGCUAUGGGUCGCAAGCGGUGUCCUGCAGUAACCUCACGAAUGACGACACCUACUCUAUCCGGUCGCUGAGCGCUGGGGAAAGUCCCGAAACCAUGUCACCAUCCAACAUGCGAAACGAGCACACUCCUCCGAGCGCCGUCAGCAAAGCUUCGGACUACUACAGCAGUACGCCGGCAGCGGAAAGCCAACAGUUCAAUACCGGCGCGGUUAGUACGGAAUUUCCUAAACGAGUCAAUCCUUUCUUGAAGAACAUGACCAGCUUUGACGAGAUGAACGGCAACCGCAGUGAUGUGAUGGAUGAGCACCACGCGCUGCUGUUCAACAAUAAUGCAAAACGUUCCAGCGAACCGGCCAUACUGUCGCACAGUGUGGGUUUGAUUGAUGAGGAAAAUGAGGAUGUGGACCGCGAAGAGAUUCACAACGAUAGCAAUCAGCUGCGGAGCUCCGCUGACCAGGAAGAUGGACUGGUUGACCAGAACCGUGAGAGAACUGCUGUUUCGGCGGAUAGUCAUGAGGACACAGUAGACGAAGAGAAUAAUUCUCGGAUGAUGAAUGAUUCGGAUGUGAUGGAGAGCAGCUUCGCGACGGCAAGCAAACUAGAUAACAUCCCUGAUUGGGUAUUGGUUGGAGAGUCGGUACAGAUUCGGCCAUAUAACACGAGUGGUGUGAUAGCGUUUAUUGGUGGAACACAUUUUCAGGGUGGAACAUGGAUUGGGGUAGAGCUCGAUACACCUACGGGAAAGAAUGACGGUACGGUGCAAGGAAUACAGUACUUCAGCUGUAAGCCAAAGCACGGGAUCUUCGUUCGUGUGGACAAACUCAUUCUAGAUAAACGCGGACGGGCAAUACGAGAAAUAAAGAAAGCAGAAAAAAUGAAAGCGGAACUGGCCAACCAGAAGGGCAAACCGGUUAGCGCAAAUGGGCCACGAAAAUGAUACGGAUUCAAUCGGGGUCUCGGCACCACCAUAACGACCAGCGGUUCCUGUUCCGCGGCGAUGGCGUCGAGACCUUUGCCGAGGAAACGCUUCGUACCGAAAUCUGCUUCUAUGGCUGCGUUCGGUCGGAGCAAGUAAAGUAUGUAGUCGAUAGUUGAUGGCUAACGCACGUAGAACAUCCAGCUCAUCCAAAAAAAAGUACCAGCAUGCGGAGAUUCGCUUCAAAAUCUCCGAGAUAGUACCUUGUUUUAUUUUGUGAUUAUGUUUACAAAGUGAUAUAUAGAAAAAAAAAAAAACACGCAACACUCAAAGCGGUAAGUAUGCCAACGCUAACCUAUUUCUGAGCAAUGGAAAGGAUAAUAAUUCUGUGUUGGAUUGUUAUUAUUUAUACAAUCUUAUGGUGUGUAACAGUAAACAAACACUGGCUUCUUCUUGGCACAGAAAAACAAAAACAAAAUUAAUACCUAAAACAUAAACUUAUCGAGUAAGUGUUUGCAAGUAUAUUCUAGAUAGACGACAGGUCAGAGAAGACAAUGUUACGAUCCAAAAUGAUAUAAAAAAAUCAACCAGUUCUGUCCAAAAUCAUUUGAAGAUACAAAGCUCUCACGAUAUAAUUAUUACCAUCUAUUGUAUACAUAAAAUGAAACCACAGUCAAAGCGAGUGUGCCGGUCUUAGACUUUCAGCGGGGUCAAUAUUAUAUAAACUAUAUUAUGUACUGCUAAGAGAAGAAAACUUCGUAGCCAAAAUUAGACGAGCGGGGAAAAUACGAACCGGGGUUCAAAACUUGAGAUAAGCAUUAUAAAUAUUUAUAUUUAUACACGCAUAUUUAAACCAGAAACAAGUAUGUUAAAUGACAACUUUUAUUCUAAUCCUUUGCUAACAAGCAGCAUUUUCAAUCUCUUUCGUCUGUACAUCUUUACAAAAGAGCAAAACUUUUACUAACAACCAAACACAAGUACAGAAAGCAGUCGGAAGCGGCCGUUUAUUUCCCCUCCUCUUGUUGAAUGAAAACUAACUUCUGAGACGGAGAACGCAAGAUUAAAGAAGAAGAAAAAACACUCGCCCCUGAGACAAACGAAGACAUGAAAACACUGUGCUAAUCCUAGAAUAGCAGAAUAAUCCAAAACCUAGAAACCAAGAAUAAAGUGUAUAGGCGCAGAAGCAGCUUGUCGUCGGACGAAAUUAGAAGAUUAUAUGUAGGGCACCCCAAAACUAGAAGCUAAUACCCUGAACGCUAUUCGAUGUGAUGUAAAAAUGUCCACACAGAGCAAUUUUUGGGAGAAAAAAAAACCAAAAGAAAUCAUUGAUUCCAUCCCUUUAUUUGUUUUUGAUUCUGCUUUACAUCGAAAUUGAAUUAUUUGCUGUGCGAUUUUCCAAUUUGGAAAUCCAUCUGACUAAAACGAUUAGACCAUAAGUUACAUGGAAGAAAAAAAAAAAACAAAAUAUCAUUAGCUGAUAGGUACUGUAAAUUAUUUGUCCCCUCCAUUUUUCGGUAGUGAAUGUUAAAACAAGUUUUCGAAGUGUUGUUUUUAUUCUACCAGUGAUGGGAAGGAAAGUUAUUAACUAUGUGGCAGCCGAGAUUAGAGUGAGAGACAUUAAAAAAAAAAACAAAAAAACGUAACAGCAUUAGAACGAUCACGUCCAUUUUCCCUUGAAACUAUUCGAAUCGGAAACAAAAGAAAAAAUAACGUAAAUAUUCUUCAAAUUUCUCAGUGUUUUAUAGACAGUAAAAAUGUAAAACCUAUCGGGGCAGUAGCUUAGAAGAACACAGAUCCGAAGGGUAGUUGAGCUGUUUACUACGUGUUGAGCGUUGAAUAGAGCAAGCAAUGGCAAACUAUUGCAUAGUGAUAUAGGAUACCGUUUAGAAAGCGUAGAUUUCGGCGGACGCACCCCGAGUAUUGAGCAAUGCUAAAUUACUUAAAAUUCAUUCCAAGUUUUGACUGCGCGGAGCAAUAUCUUCUAAACUUCUGGCGAAUAGUUGGAGGAUGCGCGUAGCCCUGUCCACUAAAGUCGAAAACCCGACCCAAACAAUUUUAGACGCUUGGCUGGCUGAACGGGCAGGAAAAAGGCUGUGACGAGCAACAGAAUCCUACCCGUUCUUCACAAUGACAAUUCCUCUUCGAGAAGAAAAAAAAUCUCAUGCUGUGUACCACUUACAAAGCCUGCUGUGACUGCUACGCCUAAGUGCGUACCGGUUGUUAGCGCGAGUCGAACAAACAAACCACAAAUACCGCUUCUGUUUAUUACCAAUGCAACUCAUUCGCGCGCGCUACCUUUUGCUUUCUGUAUGGCUACCAACUCGAAAGGCCUACUUAGGUUCCACGCUUCAGCGGUUUGCGAGCGGGAUGCCAUAAGUAACGAUGCCUGGUACGAAUAUAUCUGCUGCUUGCUUACUCGAAGAGGAGGAUUCAUUGUGGAGUUGGCCAGCAGCGAACAGAAAUAGCUAUGAGAACUCCUUCAACUUAAAUCCAGAUAUCAAACAAGCAGCGAGCAAUAGCAUUUUACGUAAAACUAUUGCAAUUAACUAAAACUGAUUGAUCUCUCAUAUUGCUUGUAUUCGAAUAGAAGGCUAAGUCAGAGCGCGGCUUAACGAUCUGCGUGUUGUUGUUAGCGAAGAAGUUUUUCAAGUUCCAUUUGGUAAGUUAGAACAGGAGGCUUUUAGCAUAGUAGGAAGAAGCGUACACCCGAGUGGGUCCCGUAAACGUAGUAGUGGAGCAGUCAUUUUGUGGGUUUUGAAGAUUUUGUCUAGAACUGGAAUCAGCGCUAGAGUCUAGUUUAGAGUGUAACUUUUCGCUAAAUCUGUGUCCUAUCGGUGUGUCACAAUCCAUAGCCAAAACAGAAUGGUCAGCCCCGGCUGAUCCAGCUGCAGUAUGUUUCAGUCUCGUCAUUUUACAGUACGGUAGACGGGGGAAAAGUGCAAUAGAACAACGACUUUUUGCUUUGUUUCUUGCAAUUGUUUAUUUUUUUGCACCGAUGGCAGUCGUUCCCUACUUUGUUUAUCAAUAUCAAGCAUAACCUACGAUGGGCGUUUCAGUUUAUCCAUCAUGUUUCAUACACCCUACACAAAACACGUGAUAUCAUUGUAAAUCAAAAUUAGAGCUUAAGUUGCAAAUAUCUUUAACUAAGAAGAAAGACUUUAUUGAAAAAAAUGAUACAUUUUCAGUUUUUUUUGUCUGAUGUGAUUUAGUUUUAUAAGCAUUAUUAUAUUCAUUCUAUAAUAGUGAUUAUUUUAAUGAAAGAGCUUAUUUGUAUGAUCUAAAAUCAAACGGAUUUUAGUUUUCGGUUAGCAAACGGAGCAACCGAUAACGGCACAAUAUUAUUCCAAAAUGAAACAUUUCACCUUGAGCUUAGAUAUUUAGAUUUUACCCCCUUCUUUCCAUACACGUUUUGGUGCUCCAUUAUACACUAUCAUUACUAUACUUUCAUUCAUCGUCUGUGUCGUAGCGGCGCACAUGUUUCACUGUAUUCCUUCGGUUCUAAAUUCACACCAAAUAAGCCCUGAGAUAGAAUAAAAUGAGCUCUACUUAAAUGCUUCACGCCACGCCAGCAGUAAGCCACAAUAAGCUAGAGGCGGCACUCCAAUCUGAACUAUCAUCAUGUCUGUCAUGCGCUACUUAGACGAUAACCACAUCUAUAAUAGACAUAAGAAGCCAAGUAAGGCAAGCAGUCUAUCGCGCUAUCAUAGUUAAGCUGCAAAUUAUGCUGAUUUAAGCAAAAAAAAAAGUAUGGGCAUAGGAAAAACGAGGAUAAAAAACAGAUUAAUUCUAGUCAAAAAAAAAGAAUAGAAAAUGGGAAAAUUAAAAAAAAAAGAAUGGAAACAAACGAAAGACGAGGACAACCGAUUCUAUGAUUGCAGCAGACACUAAAAUCAAUAACAAUAUACAGAAUCAGAGAAAGAUAAAACAGAAAUAUAUUAAUACUACUUAUUCUGUAAUUUAAACAAA